GCAGCAACCCGACAUCGUUGUUCAUACCUCAUAGAUCUUCACGAACGAGAAUUUGAACGUUACGGAGGCGAUCCGAAGUGGUUGCGAGGGCUGAAAUACGUUGAUGAUCCAAAACUGCAAUUCCUUGACAAUAUCAAUGUGGUGCUGGCACAUCAACCAUGGUUGUGUAAUGGAGAGUACAUCACGGGUUUGGUGCAAGGCGAUGCGCAAUCACAUUGGUCUAUCCACGAUUUGGCUCAAGCGGUAGUGAUUCUUACUCAUACACAUGCCUUAUGCUCAUUUGUACAUGGCGUAGGAGCUGUGAAUCCAAGCGAAUCGCAUCGCGAGUGUUCCGAUUGGGCACAACGGAACAAAGAAAACACUGGGGCAAAGACAGGAGAGGUUCGUUGUAUAGAUUAA